UCAAUUUACAAAGUAGUUUCUUCAAUCAAGCUUACCAUUGCAUUCCUGGCAUGCAAGAAAAUGUCUGCUACACAAACUCCACCUAAGAUACAAAGUCCCCCAGGCAAAAAGAAAAUUUCUGGAAAAGAGGACAGAAACCAAGAUCCAGGAUUUCGUCCGAGACCUUCACCAGCUACUCCUGGAGAAGAGGAUAAACCCGGACAAAAAAAUAAAGAGAAAACACCAGCUGUACUAGAUCCAAAAGAUCCAUCAGCAGUAAAGCCCACAGCUAGUCUAGGAAGUGGAACAGACACCAGACCAAAAUCUGAAGAGAAUAAUAUUCAUAGCAAUCCAAAAGAUCCAUCAGCAGUGAAGCCCUCAGCAGGUCUAGGAAGUGGAGCAGUAACCAGACCAAAAUCUAAAAAGAAUGAUAUUCCUGGUGACCCCAAAGAAGAACACAAUAAUCAAAAGAGCAGUACCAAGGGUCGAGGUCCCAGAGGAAGAUCAAAAAGUCAUGACAGAAAGAAAAAGGAUGAAAGAGCUGCACAAUAUAGAACUACUGGUAAUGCAUAUGGCCAAGAACCUUAUCACGGUGCACCUAAUUUUCCAGCUGCUACUGGUGGAAGAGCUGGACGAUCUCAAACUCCUGGUUCUGCACAUAGGCAAGCACUUGUUCCAACUUCUCAGACAGGUGCCACGCCAUCUACAUACAAUGCUUUCGCUCAUCAGCAAGGAGAAAGCAAUCAACAAGUGCUUACUCAACAGCCUUCACGUCAGCGCAAUUUAACCUACGAAUCGCAUAAUGUUAAAAUGUCGUUAGGAGACACAAAGACAACAUCAGAUGUGAACCAUGGGCAUGAUUAUCAUUUGGACACUGAUAUUGACAUGUUGCAAUCUGUGAAAGCGAAAACUCAACAAUUUGAAAAUAUGCAUCCAGACAAUGCAAUGAAGCAUUUACAAGAACAAACUAAAAACCCGGACAAAGGUUUGUUGAACAAAGCAUAUGAUAAAGUCGUUGGUGGUGUAAAAACCGUAUUUGGUGGGAAUCGUAAAGCAGCUCUUGCCGCUGGUGACAACACAUCUACCAGCUUAUAUGCAAGUACAGUCACCAUGGAUACGGGGGACAAAAACUAUUACACACACAAUGCGGAUGAUUAUAAAUGUCAAAGUUUAAAAGUUGUUCAAUCCGAGUUCCCAGUAGGCAUGUUCAUAUCAGGUGCAAAACUCACCUGGGAUCUCCCGAAAGCCAGAAAGGAUGUCAAGAAGAUUCAAGUAAAAAUCAGUGACGGUUCGGGCGAAGUUUGUCACUCUCCAUACCUGCGUAAAUAUCACAAAGAAUGGAAAAUUGAUGACUUGAAGCUGGAAUGUGGUAAAAUUUACCAUGCCACUAUCUAUUGUACUUAUGAUGGUGAAAGGGGAGAGUUUCCCAACCUUGCUGGAGAAAUAAAAUUCUAUACACGACCUGCAAAGCCGAAGGAUUUUAGUAUUACAUGCAAUUCUGAUUCUUUCACUUUGAAAUGGUUAACAUCAACGGGUAACUGUGAUAAAUACCAUGUUGAGAUCUUUGAGAAGGACAAAGAUGUUUUGCUUGACCGGAAAGAAGUUAAAGGUCUUGUGCAAGAAUGCAAAUUUGAUGUUGAUAGCCAGAGGAAUAUCUAUCUCGGUAGAGAAUACAAAUUUGAAGUCACUGCAUAUUAUAAGGAUCAAAAAAAUCCAUCCUUGAGAGAGAAACUAUUUGUUGGUGAUAAAAAUGGCCCUCAAGAAGUGAGAGCAAAAUUUAUUGGAAAUACAAAGGAUGUUGAAUUGAAUGGAAGAAACCAAAUGGAAGUUCAUGGGGUUCAACAGUAAACUACAUUGUUGAGGUGUUAAUGGAGAAUAAAGUUUUCAA